GCUAGAAAUGCAUGAAAAUACACCGGGAUACUCUCGCAGCAUCUUAAUAGGUUGCAGCGCGCGAGCCGACAAGUACAGACAUCAUUCCUCCGCGAGACUAUCGCGUGGACAGACUGCCUUUCCUCUUUAGUUCGCUUUCGCUUUUAUUUUUUAAACAAACAUCGGCGUUUUAUUCCGCACAUUACGAAAGGACCAUGUCCUUUUCUCUUCUUUUGAAAUCCAAGCGUGCAAAUCGGAGAUUUCCGUUCCAGUCUUGAUUAUUUUCUCGGUUCCUGGAGGUGUUUUUUGCAAUAGAAGUGUGUCAUCAUGUGUGCAUUUGUUUCUCUCGUGAACAAGAGCAGGAACAUGCUCGGGGAUUCAAGGAAGAGAUAAGGAAGAGCAACCUUGGACAUUUUCGACCAUUUUAUUGUGGUUCAUAUAUAUAUAUAUAUAUAUAUAUAUAUCGCAGGGUUUUGGACAGUUACCUACAUUUGGCUCUGCGUUUUUUCCCUUCAUCUUUUUUAUAAGGUUGUACUAGACUACAAGCUCUGACGUCUGCAUCAGAUAUUCUCUGCUGCAUUUCUUUAAAUGUGCAUUUAUUCCCCUCAGUGACUUUGAGAGGAAAAUCUCGACCAUCAGCAGUGGGGGAUGCAGAUUUCCUUAAGAUUUUUUUCACCUCGCACCCCCAACCUUUACAGCUGAGGGGGGGGGGGAUAAGUGAAAAUAUCAUACACCGUGGAGCAUCCCCCCUCUUUGAAGGAGCAUCACUGGAGCCAUGGCUGGUCCACAGCUUUGGACCUGGAAGCUGCGACGACAGGUGUAGAAGAAGACUGAUAUCCUUUCAUUUUUUUCUUCUCAUUUUUUAUCAUUUUCUUUGUUUUGGGGCUUUUCUCCAUGGUUUGGCUCAAGAAGACUUUCCAGCACUUUUGCAGAAGUCCUGUCGAAGCUGAGAGAGAUGUCUGAUCUUCUGGUGUUGAUCGAGGGGGUCUCUGACCUGCACGGAUUUCCAUAGCUGAAGAAACAACAGCUUGGACCCAUUAAAGAUCUUUCAGAAUCAUCUGUUUUUUCUUUGCAGGGCCAUCACACAUGUGUGCAUCGGCUGUUUGAUCUCAGUCAUUCAUUUGGCCUUUUUUUCUCCCUUUUGUUGGAUUUUUUUCAUUAUUGUUUUUGUACAUAUCUGUUUGGACCAAAGGCGGUUGGAUUACAGAAAGUGAAUAAACGGAUUUGUGGAAAUGUUGGGUCCUCAAGAAGACAAAUUAUGUGGAAUUGUUUCUGCUCUGGCAGCUUUGUCCUUUGUCUGCUUUGCACAAAGCACCUCCACCGGAAGUACCGGAAUAUCUGUGGCCAAGACGACAGUGGACAAAUUGCUCAAGGGGUAUGACAUUCGUCUGCGGCCUGACUUUGGAGGUCCUCCAGUCAUCGUGGGAAUGAGCAUCAACAUAGCCAGCAUUGACUCCAUUUCAGAAGUCAACAUGGACUAUACCAUCACCAUGUAUUUCCAGCAGAGCUGGAGGGACAAGCGGUUGGCCUACUCUGAGAUGGCUUUGAACCUCACUUUGGACAACCGUGUGGCUGAUCAGUUAUGGCUGCCAGACACCUACUUCCUGAAUGACAAGAAGUCUUUCCUGCACGGCGUGACGGUGAAGAACAGGAUGAUUCGCCUCCACCCGGAUGGCACUGUUCUGUAUGGACUGAGAAUAACCACUACAGCAGCUUGCAUGAUGGAUCUGAGACGAUACCCCCUCGAUGAGCAGAACUGCACCCUGGAGAUUGAGAGCUAUGGAUACACCACAGAUGAUAUUGUGUUCUUCUGGCAAGGAGGGGACAGCGCUGUGACUGGUGUGGACAAACUAGAAUUGCCUCAGUUCUCCAUUGUGGAGCUACGCCUUGUGUCCAGAGAAGUGAGGUUCACAACAGGUUCGUACCCUCGGCUGUCGCUGAGUUUCCGCAUUAAGAGAAACAUCGGCUACUUCAUCUUGCAGACCUACAUGCCCUCCAUCCUGAUCACAAUCUUGUCCUGGGUCUCCUUCUGGAUCAACUACGAUGCCUCUGCUGCUCGUGUGGCCCUGGGUGUAACUACGGUGCUCACUAUGACAACCAUCAACACCCACCUGAGGGAGACCCUCCCAAAGAUUCCCUAUGUGAAAGCCAUCGAUGUCUACCUCAUGGGCUGCUUUGUCUUUGUGUUCCUGGCCCUGCUCGAAUAUGCCUUCGUAAACUACGUGUUCUUUGGACGGGGACCCCAGCAGCAGAAAAAGAUGAACGAGAGGCUGAACAAAGCCAACAACGAACGCCCCCGCUACGAGGAGAAGCGUCUGAGAGAACAGGACUCGCUGUCAGUGCCGUUUCAAAGCAACACCCUCAGGUCAUAUACACAGCGAAGAAAUCUGUAUCUCGAGGAACAAAGAAAAGUCGGGGUGGAUGCUUACGGCAACAUUCUUCUCACCACUUUGGAGAUGAACAACGAGGUGAUGCCGUCCGACGUCGGAAGCAGUGUCAGCGACUCGCGGAAUUCCGUCAUGUCCUUCGACAGCUCCGGGGUGCAGUUCCGCAAGCCCAUGGCUUCGCGGGAUGGGUUCAGCCACCACUCGUUGGACCGCAGCGCCAUGCGCAGUCGUGCCAACUGCCGGCUAAGGAGGCGGUCGUCCAAGCUGAAGCUCAAAAUCCCCAACUUGACGGAUGUUAGCACCAUUGACAAGUGGUCCCGGAUCAUUUUUCCUAUCACUUUUGGAUUCUUCAACCUUAUCUACUGGUUGUAUUAUGUGAAUUGAUAUGCGUUCCCCCAGGAAACAUGGGCCAUAUUUUGAGAGCACAUUGAAUUGGCUUUGAUACAAUUGGAAAAUAUGUGUACACAUAUAUGAAAAGUUGAUACAUAUGUAUAUGCAUAUUUCUAUAUAUUAUAUUUCUAUAUACACAUGCGUGUGUAAAAUCUAAAGGACUUUUCUGCUGUAAAAAAAAGUAUUAUAUAGAAUGACUUGAAUGUUUAAGAAUAAUACGAGAGAAACAUUUCAAGUUUUGAAUUUCUUUUCCUUCUGAAACAAACCACAAAUAAACAUACAAACAAAUGUCAACUCCCCAUUCGAGGGUACGGAACAAAAGACUGCAUGAUAUUUUUGCUAAAAGAAAAGAUUGUGAGAUAAAAAGGACACAACCGAACGACUCAUCGGCUUUUUAUCGAUACUGUAAUCAGCCUUUCCCGCAGCUCAUGAAAUCAGAAGUGGCUUUUUGGGGCGUCAACCAAGCAGAUCCCGAGGCCCGACCCACUACUUUUCCCUCCCCCUGGAAUAGACUCACGGAAAUGUCCGUUUCGACACUGUACAGCAACCUCUUUUGGGAUUAUGUGUCAUUCCUUGAUUUUGCAAGUGAUAGGCGUUCUCUCUUUACUGGACCUCAGCUCUGGUCUAUGGUUUACACUGGACGGCUAUCUUGAGUUUAACCAAUGCACCCUACCCAGAGUCAGUACGAUUUGAUUUUCUCUCUUCCCUCUUUUGGCAAUUCUCUUUUCUUUCCAGUUUGGUCUAAAGGUUUAACUGUGUUUUUGGAGGGCGUCACCUUAACAUGUUCUAGAGGUAGUUCAUCAGUAAUUAAAUAAGCCACUGGUAUGCUUCAUUCAUCUUGAAUUUAAGAAAACGAUGAAAAAAAUGAGAGUGCAUUCAUUCAUUCAUUCAAUCAUUCAGUAGCCUUAUUGACAUGGUCAGGUGGUGUUCUUGUUCUUUCUUUACUCUUGUUCCUAGUGCAUUUCCUCUGUUCUCUUGAUACAGUUCAUCUUGUAGAGCUUUGUGUUGUUGGGAGUGGAAGGGAAACCCUUAGUGAGCUGUAAUGUUUCUUCAGAACUUGGAUUUGAAGUUAGUCCAACAACUAUGUGAAAAUGUACAAAAUAAGGAAAGAAAAGAAAAGAUUAUUGUGUAUUAAACAGGGGAUGUGACCACGGUUUUUAUCUGUUUCAUGUUUAAGUCGAUCGAUCCGACCAUAGUGUGACCUGAUAUUGUAUAUAUUCAGUCAUCGUAGUGAUUCAUCCUGAGAACGGUACACACCGACGUUUUAAGUUUCUCUAAAAUGUGCCUGUCUGAAACCUGAAGGAUGUGUCCUCAGUUCAUCAAUCAGUGAAAGAGGGUCAAAUGGCCCUUGAUCUAUGAACUUUCACUUUAAGCACUGCAGACCCACCCACAGCGCUGAUGUUUUGCAUCUUGGGAUUGAAUCUGGGAGAUGAAUUACAUCGGUAUAAUCAGGAAAAAAGCUUCUGAGUUUUUUCGGGGCAAAAUGACAUGUACUAUAAAAGCCAUGAACUGAAGUGACAACCAAAAAGGCCUAUAAUCCAUUUCUCGUUUUACCAUUUACCUCAGAUUAACCCAACACCACUUUUCCGGGGUUCGCCUCAUUAUGAUUUACCUCAACAUUUUCUGGAGGGGGGUCCUUCACCACUGUCACUGAGGUCAUCAGAUCUCAAUCUUUACACAUACAGCCUCCCAUGUCAAAAUCCACUUUCAUCCAUUCAUCUUCGGUCCAUUUCAUCAACCUCGAUCACAGAGUCUCUAGACGUCUCAAUGCUCAGAGUAGGUGAGCUGAGUAGAAGGGAACGGUUGAGGGAUGCUUUUCACGGCGAUGUUGGAUCAGUUUUUCAGAAUUGCUUGAAAACUGAGCAAGGAGACAUUUAGAAAGCAGGUCCAGUGAUGACCUGGGAACACGAGAGCCUUGGACUAUAUUGAGUUGGAUAUUACUGGGAGGACAUUCUGAGCAGGUCUCAGACCUCAGAGCUCAAGAUAGCCCAUGGGCUCUCGCAUUGUACCACACUAGACCUCUCAACGGUGGGAAAAGGGAGGGCAACAAAAAGACCAGUCACCAAACCACAGAUCAGUCACUCAUACCAUGAAGGAAGAAUGGAAUUGAUAUCAAAGGCUGUACCUCACAGUACUAGCAAGGUCCUACGUUACUUGUCAGCAGAUGACCACAGAAGCAUAUUUGAGGGAUUUUCACUUAUUGUGUUUUAUUUAUUAUUGUGAGCAUGACCAUAACACCUGUGCAAGGGAGUCGGUACUCUCAAGUGCAAAUAGGGAAAUGCACAGAUAUUAAGUGUAGCAAUUAAGUUAAGCGCAAAUCUGCACUAAAUGAGGCUGGAGGUCAGAGUGCUUCUCAUGAGCAUUUGCUUGAGGUAUUAUGAGUGUUACGGGGGUGCCUUGGCCGGUUACAACUCCCAGUAGGCAUUGAAGAUGCUGCAAUGCUUUGCCAAGGAAAGUUCAAAGGCAAACAUUAGGUUUAGCCAAGGUAGAAGAAUUAAGUACCUUUGGGAUAAGAUAACCCAUGCGGUUUAGAAAUGAAUUUAUAUUAAGACCUGUUAAGAUCCAAUUUUAGUCCACGUCCACUAGUGCAGUAUUUUAGAUUAGUUUAGUGAAAUAACACGACAAUGCCCAUCAUCCAUCAGUUGGUUAGCGACAAACCUUGGAUACAUGCAGUGAACAGAAAGAGUUUGCAUCGCCUUUGACAGAAGGGGACAUUGGAGUAGGCAUAACUUCUAGGUGGCAUUUGUUUUAUUAAGCGCCAGCUACUAUUAACUGAUAAGACUGCACAAUAUGACAAUUUAAAGGAUAUUUAUAUAUUUUUCUAUCAGAUAUUUGUGCUCUAUGAAGUUAUCAAUCAGUGUGACAUAUAUAAGUGCUCUAUUUUCUCUUGCGCAACUGAUAGAGCAAAAAAUCCUAUAAGGUAUAUAGUACUCAUAACCUGUGAUUUGGUAUAUUAUCCAUGGGACUAGUGGAUAAAAAAAUCCUUAGAAGUAGAUAGUACAAGGUGUUUCAUGAAUACAGUACAGUAUAUGCAUGUAAGAUGCCACACAUUUACUCCAUAGCUUAUUUUAGACUACACAAACCCAUAAACACUUGCUGGCACUAUAUAGUUUCACUUGCAAGUAGUCAGUUUAAUGUUCACAGGGUACGCUGAAAUACUAGUGGUCCACGUGUCAGAAACGGCCAGUGUUACGUUUUCCAGUUGAGUAAGGAUUAGCUACAUGCUAAUGCAGCCAUACUGUGCCACUAAGACAUGCUGGAUGUUUGCUAAAGCGGAUAUUGCGUCAUUCAUCGUGUUCAUGUAGCACCAGCACUCUGUUAUUUCACAGUGAGCUUAUACCUAGAGUUGAUAUUAGGUAGAAUUCUGGUUUGUGGACAUUUGUCCCAGCAAGAUUUGCCUUAACAAGAUCACUAAGCAUUUUGUGAAACAUUUCAGAGCAAUACAAUGCAAAUACCAGAACGUUCAUGAAGGAGUUAUACUCUUUCAAGUCAAUUCAAGCCUUAAAAAUUGGUAUUAAAGCAUUGUAAUUUCACCAUUCGACAUUUGUCAUUUAGUCUUAUGACAAUUUAGUCAUCUGUGGUAGUACAUCCUUAAGAACUAGUUUGUUCUUGCAGUCUCGCUUCCACUGUUGAACAUUAGAACCACAAUGGAAAGAAGCAAUUAUCAUCUGUGGAUUUAGAAUACCGCUGUGUACUAACCAGACACGACGUGAUGCUGUGACAUGCAAUAGCAGUUAUCUUUUCCAUGUCCUACCCAGUCGUGACGGUGGUACAUGGCGAGCUACAGUAGAUUAACAUGGAAAAUAUACAUCGUGUUUCACACCAUGUCUGGUUAGAAUGCGGUGUAAAGGUUUUUAAGUUAUCAGACGAUAGAACCAGUAAGAAACCAAGUAAGAAAACAGAUGUUGGAAUUGUUUUGGAACAUGUUCCUCUAAGACCAAUCCCAUUAGUUACUGCACUCCUGAAGAAAUAAUUUUCUAAAACUAUAUUCAGUUAACUUCACUUGGUUUCAAAAGUUAAACGUGGCUAAUGUAGAUUAGUUCACAUCACUAAUUUUUAUGUGAAUAACCUAUUUGGAAAUCGUAAUUUUUGUUCAGCGGUAUACAGUACAUUAACUGUACACAUUUUCCUAGAAAACGGGACUUGAGAAUUUGCCUAACUGCUAAUUUCUUUGUAUUAGCUGGCUUGAUCAAUUCACCAAGUCUGCAACCUACAACUAUACAAAUACAAAGAUAGAUGUAUUAGCUGUACGGCAUAUCUAACAUUUAUAAUGGCGCAGGUUGCUGGUUCUAAAAUACAAUUUUAGCCGUCAGGGUAAGCACACACAGCUUAUAUUUGCGGGAUAUCUGGUGCAAAUUAUACAAACAUUUAGCUAUUUUUUGAAGGUUUAUGGUUUAAUCAUAGUGCUGGGGUAGAUAAAUUGUCAUUAAGACCAAUUUACCAGUUUACAAGGGUCAUUCGGGCAAAAUAUGUAUGUAGCAGCAGUGGGCUGAGAGCGGGAUUACACCACUGGUCUUUUUGUUGUUAUUGACAAUUUUGUGGGUUUUUUUAAAUACUAAAGGCUACAUCAUGACCGAUUAGCUAUUCUGUGCCAAUGCAUCAUCCUGUGUGUCUUUGAUUUGUAUGAAAUAAUUUCAUCAGAAGGUUGUCGGACUUGUUAUCGUCCGUUGAAGAAUGUGUCAGAUGGGUUUCAAUUGUAAAAGAUAUCACUGCUAAUUACCUCUUAUAGCUCUCAUUUGGGUGAUAUUGUGCAAGACAGCAUAUGGUAGUGACCAUUUUCAGAUUUAUAGCAUCAGAAACUGGGUUUGAAAGGCCUAUGACGUGUUAUGUCAUAACACACAAUCUAUAGAGGGAAACGACACUAAUACAAUGAGAUAUUAGAAUAACAUUAUGUCAAGGUAGCAACACUGAUGGGAUUGUCGGCCUUUUUUAGAGAAUGUGACUCAUCGUAAUAGUAAAGUAUGAUUUCUUUGGUGUCUUUAUUGGUGUCCGGUUAGGGGAUAGGGACGCUCUUCUUUUGCCUUGCACUGUGUUUCGGUUUCAGACUACUAAUUUUUUUUUUAAUGAUUUUUGUUCUUUGUAACAAAAGAGUUUUGCACAACUCGUUUAGGGGGGGGCGGGGGGAGUGUGGUCUGGCACAACUCAAUGAUGCUAAUGUUUUCUGAUGACAAUGGAGGACAUAAUAAUCUUCGCACUAGACACAAAUCACCCCAUAUGCUCACGUCCGCAUUUUCAUACCAUUAACAUAACUCGACAAAUCAUUGAAUAGCUUUUACUCGAGUACAUUGUUUUUGUCUUUUGCUACAUCCACCCGCCAAGCAGGAGAAAAGGAAGUACAAAAACUGUUGAACUGAUUUUAAUGUGAAUUUUUCUUGCCUCCUGUGUAUAUGUGUAAUUACAUGUGAAUUGUAUUGUAAAUAUGAUAUCUUUCACUUAUAUUUCUUAAUGCAUGAACAAAACAGGGCAGUUGCUAAUAACAGCUAGCCUCGAUGCUAUCGGCAUGGACAGCUUUUUGCAGCACAAGCAUAACGAAACCUAUCUCUGAAAAAAGAAAAAGAAGAGGAAAAAAAUCACAAAAGAUACCGGUUUUGUUUUGCAUGUCUUACGUUUUUGGAAAGGUUUAUUUUCAUAAUUUUCUAUUCUGGAACUGGCCAUUCACGUCACCCUCGCACACGAAGAAAAGUUUUUCUUGUUUUCAUGGACAGGCAUUGAACCAAACACUGUAAACCUUUAAUUAAAUUAAGAACUUGAAAAGAAAUGAUGACAAUUAUAAUAAUGAUAAUUCUUUAAAGCUACCACAGCGGGAGAGCAAUGGAGAAAAAAUGUAAAGAAUAUGCACAUUUUCAUCCUCUCUUGCGUUUUAUGUAUCACAUAUGGUUUAGAGUAGAUAAACACACCUAGAUUCGAAUAGACUACGCCUGCUUACAUCUCGUCGAACAGAAGAGCCGGAGUUAUGAAACCUUUACUGAGCAAAUCAGAGUUUUUACAAAUGUAUGACCCGGUGAUUUUGCUGUGCUGGAUUUCUUAUUUUCUUUGCAACGGGAUGAUGUUCCUGAGACAUUUAAACACAGCACACAUGAGCAGAACUUCUAAGUAACCAGAAGUGAAAAUCCUCCGAAAAUUGGCAAAUGUCUAGGGCAACUACUUUCAUACUUGAUUGAUGGGAAUUCAAUCGCAUUCAGUACUGUUUUGUUUCAUUUCUAGAUGCCUGUGUUUGUUGUAUUCUUUAAAGGAAUUGUUACUCUUAGCGUUGAUGUUUUCUCAUAGAAAGGAAAUAUAUUUCUACUUUUCAUCCUGCCCUGAAAGUAAAAUGCAUUCUGUUUUUUGUGUUGAACUGGUUUCGUUCACAUAAAGAUCUCGGUUUGAUUCUGUUGAACUGUUGAGGUGUGAUGAAUUUUGAUGAUCCAUUUGGGGAUAUGAUUUGUCUUCAUGAAAUCAACAUUUGUAAAGUACAAGGUUGUGUUUUCUUCAUUUCCGUUACUUUAACUUUUUUAUGUUUUGGUUUUCGUUUGUUUUUAUGCUUUUGUUUCUUUUUGUCAGUGCCAAUUAAUGUAAUGGUGUCGGUCAGCUUUUCUAGGUGUUUGAGCAAAAUGUGUUUUUUACUAAUACAAGAUGUUAAAGUAUGUGGUACAAAAAAGGGUUCUAAAUAACCAACUGACUUUUUACAAAUAAAGGCUUAUACAGU